AUGACAAUCGUUGGUUUAGUUAUUCAACAACAUGAUGGUACAAUUUUAUUCCAAAAUGUCCGUGAAUAUUUAUCACUAGACAAAGCACAUUUAGCAGCCAAAGCAUUUAAAAAUCAAAUAUCAUCAUACGAUGAAAAUUUUAUAACAAAAGGAUCCAUAUCACAUUUAACAGGAUCAGUGGUUGUAUUAAAUAUGUAUAGAGUUUAUUAUAUGAUAUUGAAUGAAUUAUUCAUAUUGGCUAUAUCACAAGCUAAUGAUAAUCCAUUUGAAGGAUCAAUUUAUUUAGCAAGAGCAAAGAGAGUUUUAUGGUCAGUUUCUAAAGAUUUCACAACUACACAAAUCAAUAAAAAGUAUACAGAAGUUUAUUUCGCAUUGGAGAGAGUUUUAUUUGGUGAAGAUGGUGUUGAAGUCUUGUCACAGAAAAUCAGUGAAGUUUCACCUCAUCAGCCACCCCACUACAAUACACAUCAUCACACAAGCACACCAUCAGUUGCACCAUCAUUCAUAACGGGUGGAUCAACAACUCCACCACCAAUUACAAUAUUUGGUAGAUUAAUUGAACCAAAUCAAUCAAAUUCUUUAUCAAAUUCUAUAUCAAAUUCAAAUUCAAACAAUAACAAUAAUAAUAAUAAUGAUAGUAUUAAUAUAAAUAGUAUUAAUAGUAAUAUAUAUCAAACAACUGUACCAUUAACCCUUUCAAAUGUAUUAAAUAGUAGUAAUUUUAACAAUAACAAUAACAAUAACAAUAACAAUAACAAUAAUAAUAAUAAUAGUAAUAAUAGUUUAAAUAAUAGUAAUAGUAAUAGUAAUAUAAUAAGUCCAAGUAGUAGUAGUGGAAAUUUAUCAAGUUUUAAUAAUAAUAAUAAUAAUGAAGAAUAUAAUAAUUAUAAUAAUAAUUAUAAUAGUUUAGAUAAUUCAUAUAGUUUACAAUUUGAAUCAUUAAUGAGAUUAGAACAAUCAAAUAUACCCGAGAAAAUAUUUACACAACCAAAUACAUUACCAAAAAUCGAUAAACAUAUUUAUGAUCCACCACAAACUAUUAAAUGGGGUAAUCCAUCAGUUAGUCAUAUUGGUAGUUCUGCAUCGUCAACACGUGUUACUAAUCGUAUCAUGUUUACAUUACGUCAUCCAAAUGCUGGUAAAGAAGCAAAAGAAAAAGAAAAAGAAAAAGAAAAUGAAUUUAAAGAACAACAAGAAAUCAAUAAUAUGAAUAAUAAUAAUAAUGGUGCUAAUGGUAAUAGUGGUGGUAGUGGUAAUGUUAUAAUUGGAUCAGCAGCAGCUGGUAGUGCUUCAAGUAAAUCAUCACCUUCAACAUCACCAUUAUCAUCUUCUUAUAAUCCAAGUUCACCUGAAACUUCUGAAAACUCUUUUUCUGCUACCCCAAUUAGUGAUUCAAAUUCUUUGAAAAAUUCUAUUGAUAAUAAUAAUAACAAUAAUAAUAAUAAUAAUAAUAAUAAUAAUAGUGGUGAUACACCAGAAACACCAAAGAGAAAAUUCUCUUUAUCAAUGGGUACUUUUAAUAAUAGUAAAUCAUCUCUUUCAACCUCAAAUAGUAAUAUAAGUACACCCGAUAAUGGUGCUAGUAGUCCAUUGGCAAGUUCCACUAGUGGUUCUGCUUCAUCUGCUGCUGCUCCCCCACCAGUUCCAUUAACAAAUUCAGCAAAAACUAAAAUGAAUUUCUUAAACUUUUAA